CAUUCGAAGUCCUGUGGCUGAAAGCUAAGGGCUGCCGUAUUCGCUGUGUCCAUCAUUCGACUCAACUGAAAAAAAUUUCGAUCUCAACAACCGCCAUCAUUCCACCAAAAUUAGGAAUAUUCCACGCAUGUCUUGUUUUGUCAAGAUAUUCCUGGUCCAGAAUCCCUCCCGCUUCUUCUUCAUAUAACCAUCUCGCUUAGUCUCUUGAAGAUUUCACCAAUCAACCAACCGUCAUCAUGGCCACUGUCAACAUUCGUCGGGAUGUCUCCGAUCCCUUCUACCGUUACAAGAUGGAGCGCCUCCAGUCCAAGAUCGAGGGCAAGGGCAACGGUAUCAAGACCGUUGUCGUCAACUUGAACUCGGUCGCUCAGUCGCUCAGUCGCCCUCCGUCUUACGUGAUCAAGUACUUUGGCUUUGAGCUGGGUGCUCAGGCCAACGCCAAGCCCACCGAUGAUCGCUGGAUCAUUAACGGUGCCCAUGAUGCCCCCAAGCUUCAGGACUAUCUGGACGGCUUUAUCUCCAAGUUCGUGCUGUGCAAGAAAUGCAAGAAUCCGGAAACGGAUGUCAUCAUCAAGGAUGAAAAGAUCUUUUUGGACUGCAAGGCCUGUGGACAGCGCUCCGAGGUCGACUCCCGUCUGAAACUGAGCACCUUUAUCAUCCGCAACGGCGCGCAAGGCAAGGGAGGGAAGAAGGACAAGGCCUCGAAGAAGGCCCGUCGUGAUCGAAACAAGGAUAAGAAUGACACCGCGAAUGGCGACAAGGAUGGCAGCCCCGGAGAUAGCAACAACUCCGAGAACGGUGAUGAGGAGAACGAUGUCGCCCUGGAAGCAGGCAGCGAUGACGAACUCACUCGCCGUAUCAAGGCCGGUGCCAAGGACAUCGAGGCCGAGGAGAUCGAUGAUGAUGAAUGGGCCGUUGACGUGUCGGAGGAGGCCGUCAAGGCUCGUGCUAAGGAGCUCCCCGAUGAUCUCAAGCGCUCUUUGGUUCUCGAGGAUGGCGACGACGAGGGUGCCGAUGGCCCCUCUGCCUACGAUGAGCUUGGCAGCUGGAUUCUCAACGCCGCAUCUGAGAAGGGCGGUGUCACCGCUGUUAGCGACGUCGACAUCUACAUGAAGGCCAAGGAGUAUGGCAUUGAGAACAAGCACAAGACCCUUGCUGUUCUGGCCCAGACCAUCUUCGAUGAGAAGAUCGCCAAGCAGGUUCCUGCCCGUGCUGCCCUGCUGAAGAAGAUGAUCACCUCCGAGCGCCACGAGAAGGCCUUCCUUGGUGGAACCGAGCGCUUCGUUGGCAAGGAUCACCCUGAGCUGAUCGGCCAGGUCCCCGCUGUCCUGCUCAAGUACUACGAGCACGACCUCGUCUCUGAGGAGACCCUCAAGGCCUGGGGUUCCAAGGCUAGCAAGAAGUACGUCGACAUCUCGACCAGCAAGAAGGUCCGCAAGGCUGCCGAACCCUUCCUCGAAUGGCUCGAGAACGCCGAGAGUGAGGAAGAGAGCGAUGAGGACAGCGAGUAGAUCAGUGGCUCGGCUUGCCGUGCCCUCUGUCUGCUCAGUGGACAAUUUUCGGGACCUAUUGAUUUUGUCGCGUGAUUGUUUCGUUUGUUCCAACUGAUCUCCGCUCUUUUCGGAUGUGAUAGUUUCGCUCUGCCUAUUGUUUGUUCCAGAAGUUGAAAUAAGCUCAAAGAAAAAACAUUGGUUUUAAGUAGCUGCUAAUCAAUCGCCCUGCAUAUUUAUGCCUUAAUCGUCA